AUGCUGGUGUCCCAGAAAUUUGGAAAUCAAACUGGGUUUUUUUGCUGAAGAAGGCUGCUUCUUCUGCAGUUCAUCUGUGGAUGAACUUGCAUGCCAAUAUUACUAGAUCCACAGGACUUCAGUUUGGAUUUAUGUACUGAAAAUACUUUCCUCUUCCUUCAAGAAAGCAUUGAACUGGACAAUAAAAAAAUCUUCUCCCCACUUUGGAUGGCACCAGGAUUCUGAGAAGGAUGGAGGAAUUGAGCCAGUUAAGCAGCUUCCUAGGAGUUGCUUUUUGUUUCUCCUUUCUAAAUGUGGUCUGUGCUUUGGUGGACACUGAUGAUGUUCUAACCAAAGAAGAACAGAUUUAUUUGCUGAAUGAAGCAAAAUCAACAUGUCACAAUCAGAUAAAUGGCCAGAAAGAGCAAAUCCAAGAUGGUUAUUGUUUACCUGAAUGGGAUGGAAUCAUUUGCUGGCCAGCAAGUCUCCCAGGUAAAAAAGUAGUGGUUCUUUGUCCAGACUACAUCUAUGACUUCAACCAUCAUGGUCAUGCCUACAGACGUUGUGAUGAUGAUGGAAACUGGCAAUUGGUCCCUAAUACGAACAAGACCUGGGCCAAUUACACAGAAUGUGUCCUCUUCUUUGCCCCAGAACAGCAGGACCAAGAAAAGGAGGUGUUUGACCGUUUGCACAUCAUCUAUACAGUUGGUUAUUCUAUCUCCCUGGCCUCCCUUGUGGUUGCUAUGUGUAUCCUUUGCUUCUUCAAGCGCCUUCACUGCAAUCGGAACUAUAUCCAUCUCCACCUUUUUGCCUCUUUCAUCUGCCGAGCUGGGAGCAUCUUUGUGAAAGAUAUAGUUUUAUAUUCUACCUUCCGACCGGAAGGACUGUUGAAAGGACAAGACCAUGAUUGGGAUGCUGAAGAGCUGACCCUCACUUUGGGAUCCAGAACCCAGUUGGCAGGUUGCAAAGUAGCAGUGACUGUCUUCCUCUAUUUCCUGGCUACCAAUCACUAUUGGAUCUUGGUGGAAGGCCUCUACCUCCACAGUUUAAUCUUCAUGGCUUUCCUGUCCAACAAAAGCUACUUGUGGGCCCUCACCCUCAUUGGAUGGGGGUCACCUGCUGUCUUUGUAUCCAUCUGGGCCGGUGUAAGAGCAUCUCUGGCAGAUACACAAUGCUGGGACCUCAGUGCUGGAAACAUGAAAUGGAUCUACCAGGUCCCAAUCUUAGCAGCGAUCAUGGUGAACUUUUUUCUUUUCCUCAACAUUGUGAGAGUACUGGCAUCCAAAUUAUGGGAAACAAACACAGGGAAAUUAGAUCCACGACAACAGUACAGAAAACUAUUGAAGUCAACCCUAGUCCUGAUGCCCCUCUUUGGUGUCCAUUACAUGGUGUUCAUGGCUACGCCUUACACAACUGUCUCCAGCACACUUUGGCAGAUACAGAUGCAUUAUGAGAUGCUCUUCAAUUCUUUACAGGGCUUCUUCGUGGCUCUAAUUUACUGUUUUUGCAAUGGUGAGGUACAAGCUGAAAUUAAAAAAGCUUGGUUCCGGAGAAAUUUGCUACUGGAUAUAAAGCAGAAGACCCGUGUCACCAGCACAGGAGGGAGCUGUUAUUAUGGUGGCCUAGCAUCCCAUGCUACCAAUAGUAUCAGUCUAAGUAUGGCCAGCUGGGGCACAGCCUCUGCAACAGCCAUAGCUAUGCCUUUGGUUGCCAGAAAUUGGCUUAUACAGUUAGCCAGCAGUGGUGCUACACUGGAAUACUUUCCUGCUUCUUCCACUCUAUAUAACUGCUUGAGUCAGGAGAUGAUGCAGAAAGCUCCUGAGGAGAUAAUGAAGGCUUUGGUGGAUUCUCCAGGCCUAGAAAAUAAUUCCUGCUUGAAAAAAGAUAUUGAGACCAUGCUAUAGAGAUUAAAAAAAAAACAUGUUUAUCCAUAGUUAGCAAGUUGCUAGAUUGAAUCCUGAGCUACUCAUCUCUGUAGUGACUAGGGUUCGCUAGUUUACUAUUGAUAUGAGAAGAUUAUUUAUUAGCCAUUUCUGACUGGUGUUGUGUGCCUAUAAUUUUAUUAUGGCUCUAGAGGACUGCUCAGGGAGAUAGGUAAUGGCUAGCAAAAUUGCACCUAUUUAUUUCCAAACAUUCUGAUCGGCAAGACAGAUCUGCCUUUGUGCCCUGCAUUUGCCCGUUCAUCCUCAGCAACAUUGCUUAUCUAUAUAUUCUACCAGUGAAAAGCAUUUGAUUCUCUCACUUGUAAUAGUGCAGUACUCGUAUUUUUCAUUUUAGGGUUCCAAGAUUAAAUAGGCAAAAUUGUUAGCUAACAUUUUGGCUAAUUAUAAGUAGAGAGUACUUUCUCAUUCAACCAAUAUGGAGUGUGAGAGAAGUAAAUUUGUUCUUGAUGUUCAAUUUAUUCUUGUGUUGUGGUAUAGUGUGAAAUAAAUGACAAUGUUUCCUUCUAA